GUGCGAAUUAGCGAUGGAGAGUAGAGACUAGAGAGACUAGUGGCAGAGUUUUUGAAGCCAGGCCGAUUCUUCUUCUUCAGUGAUUGUUCUCCUGAUUUUCACACACGUUUUCUGAUUAUUCAGGCUUGUAACAGAUAUUAUUCACCUGAAAUAUCUGAGUGAUAUCAUGGAUGCAAAAGCUUUGGCAAAAUCUAAGAGAGCUCACUCUUUACAUCACAGCAAAAAGUAUCAACCAAAUCCCACAUCUAGAGCAUCCACUAGCUCAGUUACAGCUACCAGUGGUAAGAAGGCAACCAGCAAACAAGAAAAAGAUAAAUCUAAUCGGUCGCAUGGCUCAAAAGAUCUUCCCUCAAAUUGGGAUCGAUAUAGGGAAGAGUUUGAUUCAGGUUUUGAAGAGACACCUCCAGUAACUAAUCACAAUCAGGCAUGUGAUGCUGUUGCACCAAAGAGUAAAGGCGCAGACUAUGCUUAUUUGCUUAAUGAGGCCAAAACUCAAUCACAAACAAAUGCUACUUCCAAUAGCUUAAGUUUGUACGAUGAUGUUUUUACUGGGUUCCAUCAAGCAUUUGCUCCUUUGCUUUCUGUUGAAGGGCAACGGCUGCUAUCAUGGCUUUCGGAUGACAAUUUCCCAUUUGAUGAUACAGUAUCUGGUGGACAAGAGGCAUCAUUUUUCUCUCUCAAUUUAGAUUCCCUCGCUGAAAAGCUUUCAAAAGCAAGUUUAGCGGAGAGGCUUUUUAUUGAACCAGAUGUAUUGCCUCCAGAGCUGCUUUCAGAAGUACAAACAAACAGUGAGAAGGAUCCUGAUCAUGCUCUACCUACUGUUAGUACUGAUGCAGCGGAGGCCACUUUAGACGGAGAAUCUUCCAUUAGCAUUCCGGAACAAAAUAGAAGCACCUUUCAGUCUCCUGAAAGCAGAUCAUCUAUCCCUAGCACAGGCAGCUGUAACGUCUCUGCUCCAACUUCUUCUAACCAGCCUCUAGAUGACUUCCUCGGCAAUGGAGGCACAUCGGAAAAGGUGGCUCUUGAAGUCCAUGCAGAGUCUUCUGUUGAAAGAUCAUCCAGGUUUGAAGGAACUGCUGCAGAGGCAGAGCUUGACAUGCUCCUUGACUCUUUUAGUGAAACCAAGUUUUUUGACUCUUCUGCUGUUGCAAAGAUUUCGAGUUAUACAUCUUCAGAAACACAAGCUUCAUCUAGUAAUUCGGUCCCAGUGCACCGUCCCGGGGAAGGGCCUGAUGCAAGAAGCAUCAGAAGUAUGAACAUCACCCUUGAUGAUAGUCUUGAUGACCUACUGAAGGAAACCUCCAAGCAGAGCACUUCAAUAAGUGCAAGAGUAUUAACAGCAAAUGAGGUAAAGAUUGUUCCCAGUGAUAAUCCAUCUAUGUACCAAUCUAAUUCCAAGCCGAAAAUUUUGGAUGAUUUUGAUUCAUGGUUUGACACACUUUAGUUGCUCAGCAGCAGAACUUCAGAUCCUGUUGAUAUGUAUGUUGUCUUUUAGCUUGUACUACUAUGUGACGACAUUUCUUCCCAUGUAUGGAUGCAUUACAAUGUGGUGCUAUACAGUUUUCAGUUCAGUAGUUUUACCGGAAAAAAUAAAAAAGAAGAGAAUUGAUUUAUAGAUAAUUUAGACGUACACUGCUAACACUCCCUCUGUUCCCCAAACUAUUGAUCAGUUCGGGAUAGAGGGAGUACCAAUGAAGCUCAAGUGUUGAUUUGGUAACCAUUGCUGGUGGUUCAUUCAAUAUAACGAUGUGAAGAUCUUUUUGGCGGUGACGUGAUAUUGUGAUGUAUUUAGUUUUGUAAGGCUUUGAUGUCUGUUCAGAUGAGAUACCUACAUGGAGAAUCCAGAGUUGAUAAGAUGAGAAUCAGAUGUGCAUCCAAGUUGAACCAAUAAGUAGAGACACAAGGACCACAACACAUUAACUAAGAGGCCAUUCUAGUAGUUAUGAACAUUUAUAUGGUAGAUAAGGUUUGAUCUACUUCUAUCAAAUGUGUGACAGUUCAAUGAAGUGCACUAUUAUUUUUGGGACGAAGAGAGCAUCAAAUUUGUUCGGUUAACCAGGAG